AUGGAUAAUGAAACCACAGUGCCUUACUUUCUGCUCCUGGAAUUCUCAAAAGAUCGGCAUCUGCAACUUCUACAUUUCUACUUAUUCUUCAUAUUAUACCUGGCAACUGCAACCGCAAAUCUUCUCAUCAUCUCUGUAGUGGCUUUUGACCAUCGACUGCGUAGGCCCAUGUACUUCUUUCUAAUGAAUCUGGCGGUGCAGGACCUGGGCAUUGUUUCAGUCAUUGUCCCCAAAUCCAUGAUAAAUUCCCUCAUGGACACCAGACGCAUCUCUUACUUUGGUUGUAUUGCUCAAGUCUUUAUCUUUGUCUGCUUUGAAGCUUCUGAUUUAUCCCUCCUGACAGUCAUGGCCUAUGAUCGAUAUGUUGCCAUUUGCAAUCCACUGCACUAUGAGAUGGUAAUGAAUUGGAAAGCCUGCAACAAAAUAGUGAUUCUGGUGUGGGUCACAAGUCUUAUAUAUGGAAUGUUGCACACCACUGGUUCCUUUUCCACCCCUUUCUGUUCUAAUGCUAUCAACCAGUUUUUCUGUGAAAUUCCACAAUUGCUAAAGCUAUCCUGCUCUGGAGUCAGUCUGACUGAACUAGUAGUUAUAUUGGCCAGUGUCACUGCAACAUUAGGUUGCUUUAUAUUUAUCACUGCCUCUUACAUCAUGAUCUGCAAGGCAGUUUUGAGAAUCCCUUCUGUGAAAGGAAGGCAGAAGACCUUUUCCACGUGUCUUCCCCACCUUAUAGUCUUUUCUAUGUUUUUGGUACCUGCAUGCUUGGCAUAUCUGAGACCGCCCUCUAACACCCCAACUUACUUAGAUUUUGCAUUAACUGCCCUAUAUUCUUUACUUCCACCCCUGUUCAAUCCAAUCAUCUAUAGCAUAAGAAAUAAGAAUAUCAAAUUUGUCCUGUCUAAAUUGUGGAGAUUCUGA